GCGCUAGCCAUGGGCCUGCUUUGUUUGAUGUUUUCUGUCGUUAGUUCUAAACAAAAGAAGCAAAAGAGGCCGACGUGCACCGAGCGUGUUAAUAAAGCGAAGGUUAUGAUCAGCAAGUUAGAAGAGGAAUGCAAUGUUGACAUGAAAUGCGAUUGGAAACUUCCUCCAGAAAAUGUUAGUUCUGUCUGGGGGAUAUACGUGAGAUGGGGGAGAACUGUAUGCCCUGAGAGUGCUGAAGUGUUUUACGAAGGUAUAGCAGGUGGCUCCCACUAUAACCAAGGUGGAAAUGGUGCAAACUAUGUCUGUUUGCCGAGAAAUCCCGAAUGGGGGAAGAUUAGUAAUGGCCUGGGUGGUAUUGGUGCGUAUAUCCAUGGAGCUGAGUAUCAGUUCGGUGCAGGCUAUAGCAACCCAUUCCUCGGGACAAAUGCCCCGAACUCGGAAAAUGCAGAAUCGCUCCACGACAAUGACGUACCAUGUAUUGUGUGUCAAGUCCCCCGAAGCGUCGCAAUGGUACCAGCCAGACACUCCUGUCCGGAUGGUUGGACUUUAGAGUACAAAGGUUAUCUGGUGGCUCAGCAUCAUACUCACCCUCAAAACUCUCUCUAUGAAUGUAUGGAUAAAGCGCCUGAGGCAAUACAGGGUGGUCAUGAAAACAAGGACGGUGCAUUAUUCUACUCUGUUCAAGCGAUUUGCGGAUCAUUGCCCUGCCCCGAGUACAAACAAGGCGCUGAGCUGACGUGUGUUGUUUGCUCCAAGUGAAUGUUAAUGAAAAGCGACCACUUGUAUGUUAUCAUAUAUGACAAGUAUUAACUUUAGGACAUCCAUAUCAUGAAAUAUUAUCCAAUGGUAUUUUCAUCAUCUGAUAAAAUUAGAAUGUAUUUUUCAGAUGGCGUAUCAACGAAAUUUAGGCAUAAACUCUACAAAAUAUUGCGCAACAAUGUGUUUCAAAUUGUAUUUUAGAUAUAUUUUAGUACAAACUAAAAUGAAAGUAGUAGUGUGCAUGACAAUACAUAUCUUAUCAUAUAAUCGAUGGUUAAGGGACACGACAACAACAUUUCCGUUGGCACCUUAAAGGAUCAUUACAUUUUUUUGUAUAUCAGCAACUUGUACAUACGAUUCGGAUAUCUCCCGGGCAACCUGUAAUAAAAUGUUUGUUUUGUUGCAGAUGCACAGUCGAUCAAAAUAAACUCUAAUUAAAAUAUGAGUAACUUAAUUGUGAUAAACAUUUACAUUUAGAAAAAGCUUGACGAUUUUGAUGUAGCACUAAUGUAGCACUGCUAUUGUAGUUCAACAAAAAUUUGUUGCAAAAUAUUCUUCACUCAAACUUUGAUACUUUUAAUGACAGAAACUUUAGCAAUUUAACUUGUUUACUUAACAGAAAUUUAAUAUUCAUAAACAUUACUAACUUGUGUUGUUUAUGUCGACUAAUGUCUCUCAUAAAAGCGAAUGGAC